AUGGACGCUUCUGUAACUCGCAGCUUUCGCGAGAAGGUACUACAAAAGCCAGAGGUAUUUUUUACGUCGUCAGAGGAAGUUGCUAACGAAAUCAAGGUUUUUGCCAAGCAUGCGUACAACUGCACGUCCAAGUAUUUAAGCAAAAAUAGUGGCACAGAUCCGCUUGAAGAGCUUUAUGUGGAUGGAUUUGAUGCUGACCAAAUUUGGGAGCAGCUGCGUUUGCUGAACGGUCCAUUAGUGAUGGAGUUAACGCAGCGCAUUCGCACAUUUCAUAAGAAUCCAGAAAACAUUCUACUGUUCCCAUCGGAUAAGCCGAAAUGUGUGAUCGAAGAUGAUGAAGCAGAUAAUAAUGAUGAGCUAGAAAGAGAUGAAAACAAUGAUAAGCUAGAGGAAGAAAAGUCUAGUGGUGUCAGCGAUAUGGACGUAAAUGACAAUGAGAACUUAGAUGAUGACACGAUUGAUUUGGAUGACGAAAAAAAUGUGAAGGCGGUAGCAAAAAAGAAGGCAAAGAAGCCUCGCGAUAUUGCCGAGGACGGUUUCUUCGAUUGGGAUGAAAUGGAUAAAGCGGCUGAAGAUGAGGAAGACGAUGGAGACAUGGAAGCUGAUGAUGACGAAAAAGACGAAGAAAUUGAUGAAGAUGGGGGGGAUUCCGAAAUGGAACAAGACUCAGAUGCUGAAACUGCGGAGGACAUGAAAUACGAGGACUUUUUUGGUGAUGAGGACGGAGAAGGAGAAAGUGGCGAAGAAGAGGAUGAAGUGCUUGAUGACGACGUACAGACUAGCAGCAGCGACAAACAAGGAAACCAAGCUGUCAAGCGCUCGAAACUUGGCGAGGAGGACACAGCUGAUGACGAAGAGCUGGCUGAGCGUGGGAUUUUGUCAUCGCACCAACGUCAGCGCAAACGCUUGGAGAAAGAGAUACAGGAAUUAGAACAAGAAGCUAUCAGUGAGAAGCCAUGGCUGCUUAAAGGUGAAGUGCGCUCUGCCGCGCGUCCGGAGAAUAGCUUGCUUGAAGCAGUUCUUGAUUAUGACAGACCCGUUAAGGCCGCUCCUGUAAUCACUGAAGAAGUUUCAAUCGCGCUCGAGGAGAUGAUCAAAAAACGUAUUCUGGAGGAAGAUUACAAUGAUGUAAUUCGUAAAUUUGCCGGCAAUGAGGAGGACAGAAAGAAUGCACUGGAGGAUGUUUCAAUGGAAAAGUCGAAAGAGGGUCUAGGUGAGAUCUACGAGAAGGAAUAUAUGAAAACUGCUAUGGGUUUCGAGCCGGAUGACGAAUCGAAACAGGACCAGGAAGAGAUUGAAGUGAUGUUCAAGAGUUUAUGCUGGAAGCUCGAUGCUUUAUCAAACUAUUACUUUACGCCGAAACCUGCUGUUAAAGAAUUGCAAGUCAAGCCCGCGGUACCUGCUAUUGCGAUGGAAGAGAUUGUGCCCAUCAGUGUGAGCGAUGCAAACCUGAAGGCACCCGAAGAAGUGUACGCGAAGAAGCGCAAACGUGGCGAAGCAGUUUUGCAAUCCAAAGAAGAAAUGACGCAAACGGAGCGCAAAGCUUUGCGCAAUGCCAAGAAGCAUGCACGGCGGAAGGAAAAACGCCAACGUGAAUUUGAUGAGCGUUUGGUGGCGAAACUCAAUCCAGGUUUGGGCAACAAAUAUGCCAAGAAAAAGAUGCUUGAAAGUAUUGCCGGUGCAAAGAAUAUUACUACGGGAAAACAGAUUGAGGGUUCUUCCAAACAGUUUUCCAACUCGAAAGACUUUUUUACACGCUUGCAGGAUGAAGUCCAACAAAAAAUCAGCCGCAGCUAA